UCUGUAUGGGCGUGGACAACUCCACGAUAGACUCCUCAAGUCCAAAGCAACCGUUACUUACGCGUUGGAUAGUUCUUCAAAAAGGUGUUACCGCUACUAAGACAAUGCUUACAAUAAAGGAUUUAACGUUGACUUACGAUGCACUUAACGAGGAAAAUACUUUUUCCGAGGGAGACACUUUGACUGGUACAGUGACGAAGUGCAUGGAAAAAGAUACGAAAGUUAAAUCCUUUUUCGUCAAAUUUAAAGGCGACGCAAAUGUGCAUUGGAGCGAAGAGUGUGGUGAAGACGAUCACAGUUAUAAUGCACACAGGAGGUACUUCAAACUUAAACAAUUUUUGAUUCCUAAAAACACUAAAGACACGGAAAUCUCCAAGGGAUAUCACUCCUAUAAAUUCAGCUUCAAAAUUCCAUCCGGGAGUAUGCCCUCAUCCUUUCACGGGAAUUAUGGAAAGAUCGUCUACAGACUGGAAGCCAAGCUUUCAAGGAGCUGGAGGUUGGACAGUUGUGUAAAACAGGAGAUCAACUUUGCAUCGAAGGCCAUUUCAAACCUCAGCCACCUGAUGACCCGCCAGGUUGGCCAAGUGGAUAAAGACAUAGGAAUCUUCUCAAAAGGAUCCGUACACAUGGAAGCGUUUGUGGAGAGCGGAGUCUACGCCCCGGGUCAAACUGUGGCAGUUACUGUCAAAGUCAAAAACACAUCCUCAAAAGACAUGACCCCCAAGUUCUCUUUGAAGCAGAAUGUUACGUUCCAUGCGCAAGGCCGUAGAAAGUGCAGUGGUAGUGAAAUCUGUAAGUUAGUUGGGGAGGUUAUUGAGAAGAAAAGUGAAAAAAUAAUCACUUGUGCAUUGAAGAUCCCUCCUGACCAGAUCCUAUCCAUCCAGAACUGUGAAAUCCUUUCAGUUGAACAUCAUUUUAAGGUGUACUUGGACAUCAGCUUGGCCUCAGACCCAGAGAUCAAGUUUCCACUGGUCAUUGCCCCUUCCAGCUUCAUGUUAAACCCAGGGCCCGGGGGAAUGAACCAGCCGUACCCCCCUGUAGCAUACGGGGGCCCAAGCAACAGCGACUUCCCUCCCCCCGCCGCCUGCUCUCAGCCAGCUCCGCAUCAGCAGGCCUAUGGUCCCUCAGUACCCUUCGGGCCCCAAGCAGGUUACGGGCCUCAAGCAGCCUUCGGGCCCCAAGCAGCCUUCGGGCCCCAAGCAGCCUUCGGGCCCCAAGCAGCCUUCGGGCCCCAAGCAGCCUUCGGACCCCAAGCAGCCUUCGGGCCCCAAGCAGGCUAUGGGCCUCAAGCAGCCUCCAGGCCCCCAGCAGCAUGGGGCCCGGGCCCCGCUGCGCCCGGUGCCAUGGGAGCAGCUUACUACCAGCCCGUGCCACAGAACGUGUCUCCUCCUCCUCAAAGGGGCCCGGUUCCUCCACCGGCGGCUCCGGGGGCUCUGCCCUCUGCGCCGACGAUCGACCCCGGCCAGUACGCCCCGCCGUCAUUCGCCUCCUGCUACAACACCCCCACGUAUAGCAUGCCGCCGCAAAUGCCGGGGAUGGGCACCGAUUUUCUAUCCCGACAAAAUGAAGAACCUCCUUCGUAUCUGUCUAUGUUCCCCCCGGCAACCAACGAUAAACCGCCAAAAUAAUUGAACAGAAAGCGCUGAUGAUUCAUUGUCGUGGUUUUCGAAACAUGGAAACGUGCCAUGGGAUGAAUGUAUACACCUCAAUAUGCAACCUUUGGUCCAUCAAUGUUAUGCAUAUAUACACGUAUGCUAUGAAAGGCCUUAUUCAAUGUGGGUCGGCUUAGCUCAGGAGGUAGAGCAGUUGUCUUGUAACUGAAUGGUUGCUAGUUCGAUCCACAGCUCCUCCUAGCUGAGUGUUGAUUUGUCCCUGAGCAAGACACUUAACCCUAACUGCUCCUGCUCCUGACUUUUGCCUUGCAUGGUUGACUCUGCCGUCGGUGUGUGUAUUAACCGAUGUAAGUCGAUUUGGAUUAAAGCGUGUGCUAAAUGCCCUAAUUGUAAUUGUUAUUGUAAAAUGGUGAAGUUUAAAGGCCUUUGGUAUUUUGUGGUUUCCUCUCAGGGCUCAACCAUGGCCAGUGAUGUCAUUCAAACACACCUGGUUGCAUGUGGUCUACAACUGCAGUAGUGUGACCACAAUAUCCCUACAAUGGACCAUUUUAUAUUGAAGACUUUAUUCAGCCAUGCAUGUAUGGGAGAAAUGUGUGACAUAUUUGAAAUAUAAGAAAUCUAAUUAUUAUACACUAUACAUAUAAAUACAGAAUGAUCAGUAUCAUACCUACAUGCUACAUGAAAGGGUGGAAAAACAGUCACCAAAGAGUCACAUCAUUUUAAUAAAGCUCUAUUGGACGUACUAAUAUUAAUCAUUCAUUUUAAAUAAUCCUAUAUCGUUUACAUUUCCUGUUCUCUUUUCUUAUACUUUCUAGGACACAUGUCCUGCUGAACUUGGGGUACUAUGCUUUGGUUGAUCGCCCACUCUUUGCUUAUUGUAGGGCAGCUCACCUAUGUAACCAAUGAACACACCCUUGUUUGACCUUUGAAGGUGUUUUGUGAUGUUGGUGGAGGGUGAUGUACUGAACUGAUUUUCUGAUGUACGGGAUGGCUUGAAAUAGAAUAGCAUUUUAUCCUCAAACAAAUGCAUUAGCAUCGGAGAAACCGUUGUACUACCUCUUGUAUAAGCCUGUUUAUAUAUAUUUAUGAUUUUUCUUUGUAUGUUUCUCUAGUGUGCCUUUAAAAUAACUUUUCCAAAUGUGGCUAGGUGUCUGGACCCUUUUGUAAAUUGCUUGCUCUUUGCUGUUAACCAAUGAAUUGGAUGUUAAGAAUAAUUGUACCAACAAAAAAUACAAUAAAAACCCACUUCCAUA